CCUCGGCUUCCGUACUGCCAGUGAACUUCGUUCAGUACCGCACGUCUCAUCUUGUCAAAUCCUGCAGCAGGUACAGUUCAGAUCCAAAGUGAUAAAAUGAUACAGUUACGCGCUGUUUUCCGGAACGCGUCGCUUCGCGCAGAGCAGUGUCUGUCAGCGAAAAACCGACCUACGUGUCCCGAGCAGCCCAGGGCAUGGAUCUCCACCGGACCUCAGCAGCAGCACGGAACCUUCUACGAGUUCCGCACCUAUCACAUCCGGCCGCAUCUCAACGCUGCCUUCCUCAGACUGACCGGUGAGAAGAUCCACCUGCGCACAGCCCACUCGCAGCUCAUUGGAUACUGGAGUGUGGAAUACGGGGGUCUCAAUCAGGUUUUCCACGUCUGGAAGUAUGACAGCUAUGCUCAGCGGGCAUCGGUGCGGGCAGCCCUGGCUCAAGACCCCAACUGGAUUGAGCAGUACAUCUCUAAAGCGAUGCCCAUGCUGAGCUCUCAGGAUAAUGAGGUGACGUACCUCGUACCCUGGAGCAAAGUUCAGGAGCCACCCAAAGAUGGAGGAGUUUUCGAGCUGGCCACUUUCCAGAUGAAGCCAGGUGGUCCUGCGGUGUGGGGCAAGGCGUUUCAGGCAGCAGUGGGCACCCACACGGGCUCAGGAUAUGCCCAUGCAGUCGGGGUGUUUCACUCUGAAUUUGGACAGCUCAAUCAAGUGCAUGUUUUAUGGUGGUAUGAGAGCGCAGACCGGCGGGCAGCGAUACGGCAUACAUCUCACGAAGACGCCAGAGUGGUGGCAGCAGUAAGGGAAAGCGCAGCGUACCUGGUGUCGCAGAAAAACAAACUCAUGUUCCCCUGUGCUUUCUCCCCAAUCAAAUAACAUGGCUUCGUGCUUUGACUCCAAACUCAGGAAAAUGUAGAGGGAAAUGUCAUUGAUGCAGUGCAUGAGCGAACCGAUAAACCUAUUUAAUUCUAGCAAGUUCAUUGACGGUAAGAUAAUGAUUGUGAUUCAAACUAAUGCUUUAGAGAUACUUCUAUCCUCUGCUAACUACUGCGGAUAUUCACCGUCAGGAUUUCGCAAAAGCCAUUAUUUUUUUAAAUAAAUCCUUGCAACGCCAUAAUCGACAAAAGUAGCAUUUCUGCAUGGAUUAGAUGGUGUGAUGCAGUGCAGCUUCUUUCGGUUGCAAUUGAAGCGUGUUAACACUGAAAAUAAUACACACGUUGAAUUCCGGUAAGACGUCACAGAUCAAACAGUGUUAGGGUUGUAGAAUUGUCAUUUUAUUGUCUAAAUACAGUAAGUGUAACAGACAAUCCACAGCCAUAAAUUUGAAAUGUAAACAGGUAUUAAAUGAGGAACGUCAAUGUGGUACUAAAACCUUUUUUUUUCUUGGAGGGUUUUUCUUUGUUCCGUUGAUUUGGUCGAACCCGAACCAAAAUAAACAGUAAAUGAGAAACAGAAAAAAAAAAAACAUUGUCUGUGGAGAAUCCAGUGCAAAACGAU